CUCCUGACACAACAUGGUAAAAUCGAACCAGCCCUGCGCGCAACCGACUGCCUUUUCUAUAUAGUCCCGUUUCUGUCCGAGCAUAUUCCCAGGCAUCUAGUGGCGCCUAUUUGGUCGAGGAAAAGGUAUCGCCGAUUUCCUCUCGGCCGGAGUCGUUCCUCAUCGCGCACGAACUUAGUAGCCGCCACGAGGAGGCGUGCUUUUUUAGAACGACGACCUUAUAAUCACUCCCUUUUGAGAACGACGAGCAAAUGGUACCGUUUGUAGAAAAGCCCCGCCCUAAAAGUUUAAAUCUCUGGUAAGGAAGCGCCAAGGGUCUCGUGGAUUCUCUAGGGUCGCACGCGUGUCAACCGCCCCGAAACCAUCGUCAACACCUUUCACAAUUAUUACCCCGAGAAUAACCGACGCCCCGAGCGUAGCCUACACCCCGAGGUUCCAUGGCCGUCGUUUUGCCGCUCAAUGGCUCGUUCUCUCACUCCUUACCAGCCGCACUAUCCAGCCCAUCAGUUUCGACCCCGCGAUUUCCAAGGCGCACCAUCCGCGUUCCAACUCUCUCUUGUUUCAAAGCGCUCACGGAAGCUUCGGUCGAAGCAACCGCGUCGCGGAAUUCGGCCAGCCCAUGUUCUAAUCUCCGGCGGCUUCCCGCCAGCCCAAUUCGGCUCGGCGUUCGUAAACGAUCGCUCGACGAAUUUCGGCGUCAGCGUUGGUCGCGAACGCAAGAGCUCCUGCCGGCUUGCCGUCCGUUAUUCCCUCCAACCGCCGGCCGCUGCUCCCAACCGGCGUGCCGACCGAUCUGCCGGAUACACGCACCGUGCCACUCCAACUGGGACUGCGGCGGCGGGAAUGGCUCCUUUCGCAGCGGAGUUCGCCGCGCCGUCGCACGAUUUCGUCGUGCGAACACUGUCGCCGCGGUCCCCCUCGUGCCGAGUGUCGCUGCGGGAGGCGCUUCAGCGAGAAGCAGCGGGCGCGGUGGUGGCGGGCGAACCUACUACUAAUACUAGUAGUAGUAUUGGUACUAGUAGUGCUACCAGCAGCGCCAUCGUGCCAGGAGCGGCGAACGCUGACGUGGACGAGAGCCGCUGGUUGACGAACGAUGUAUGGACGGUAGCUGAUGAUAGGAGGAGGGUGGAGAGCGGCUCGUCACCAUCCUCCUCGUCCUCCUUAUCAUCAUCCUCGGUAGAAACAGAUGUGACUCUAACUUCUUCUCUUCGCGAUGGAGAUUGGGCUCUGAUCGACGAUAGCUUCUGCAUGGACUUGCUUUUCGACUCCGCUAGUGGCGGGGUAGACACGGCGCAAAGCGCGGAGUCAGAGUAUUCACGGCGCGAGGUCGCUCGAGCUAAUGGGCAGAGUCAGAGUCGUCUCGGAAGCUCGAGGAACGUGGCAGAGUCAGUCGAGGUGAAUCAGCAAGCAAAGGAGAACGACCUUUGUGUAGGCCCUGGUCCAUCGCCGGAAAGCGCGACUCCGAGUUCAUCGGCACUAUUUUUAGACGGUCUCUCCGACGGAUUGUCCAGCCUACUGGGCACCUUUCCCCGCAUUCCCCGCUCGGACGAAACCUUGUCCCGCUCCCACGCGGUCAUACAUCCCCAUGGGCUCGACGCCGCACUCGCUGUAAAUAGAACGCAUGGUUCUUCUGAGAUAGGGGAAUUGGAGCGAGCAGAACAGAGGGGCAUACCAGUAACAAACGCGAGUUAUUCAGCUGCGGGCAGCGACAUCGAUAAAGGGAGCAGAUUAGAUGGCGGUGGAGGAAGAGAAGGGGAAGUGAGUGUACAGGACGGCCGUGUACAUAAUCAGAUUGUAGACGAGUCUAGGUUAGGCGAAGUGGGUGUAGAGGAGAAGGCUGUUUUCCUGAGCGAAUUCGAGGCGCGGGCCCCGUUUGUGGAGUUCACUCUAUCGGAUGACGCUGUUCGGGUUGCUUCCUCCCCAAACGCUGGUGGCGCGUCCAUAAUUUCCGAGUCCCUCUCGGUGGAGUACUUUGUGCGUCAUUUUGGCGCAUCUGACAUAAUCUCGGAAAUGGAGGUUCAAUAUUGUGACAGCAACUGGAAGAAGGUGGAUUACAUCUGCAGUUUGUUUGGGCAGCGCUUUGGAGUGUCAGUGACUCGAGCCAUGAUGUACCCCAACCCCACCCUCUUUGACUGCCACCGGGCAAAGGCAUUGCUCAGGAAGAAGUUGCAUGGGCUGGUGGUGGCAUGGUCGGGCAUAUCCCCCAUGCAUUGUUUCUCUCGAGCCAUCCUUCACAUUUGGUGUGAGACGCCAGAGAUUGCCACACUCCUAUACCAGGCUGUCCCAUCUGUGUGCAGAGAGCUCGAGCUUCAAGAGGAUGUACUGAUUGUGUUAACGGUUGCAGAGGGAACUCAUGGAUGGCCCAUAUUUUACGAAUCUUUAUUCAACCGUCAUUCUCUUAUGGCUCAAUCUUUAGCAUGGACUGAUCCAAGUCAAAUGGAUCAAAAUUCUCUUUGCAAUUGGGUACAUAUGGAUAAGAAACAUCAAUGUACAUCAUAAUGUUACGAGGCGAGCUACAAAUGUAAAUAUUGUGUUGUAAAUAAAC